AUGGCCGCGUCUGGCGCUCUGAGCAACUAUUACGUGGACUCCCUGAUCACGGCGAGCCACGAGAGCGAGAACGAGCGGUACGCGAGCGUCAACGCGAGCGGCGGAGGCGGCGUGAGCGGCGGGAGCGGCAGACAUCCCGGGAUAGGCAGCGACACGCACGCGCUGCAGAAAACCAAUCUGUCGUGCACGGACCACUUACUGGACACGUACCCCUCCUGCAGCUUCCAGCCCAAACCGCCGGUGUUCAGCGCGUCCUGGAGCCCCUUUAACCACCACCACCACCACCAUCACCAUGCCAACGUGUACCACCCGUACCUCCCCUCGCAGCACGCCGAGUCCCGGUACCUGCGCUCCUGGCUGGACCCGGGCCUGCAGCCGCACCAGCAGCAGAGCCCGCAGAGCCAAGUGAAGCUGGAGGCCCCCACGCAGCUGCUGAGCCUGGGCGCGGCCGACAAGGCGGUGUUCGAGGGCCCCUACGGAGACGCGCCGGUGGUGGGGGCCGCGGGCGCCGGGGCGGAGGACGUGUGCGAUGACAUGGCGGAGGAGAAGGACGCGCUGGAUCAAAGUAAGUGGAAAGCGAUUCGCAGCAAAGCGUUUCAGUCCAUGUUUGUUACGGUGCACUUCGGGAUCGGCGGGGACACAACUGUAACGUUUGAGAAAAGAGGAAAUCGGAAAUGUCCAAACUAUGGCCAAGCCCCGGUGCCAUAG